UAUGUAGUUAGUUCCCUUUUUGUAGUAAAGAUGAGUGCGAUGGAUGCCCCCGAUAAGGGGGCUGUCCCUUCAAACAAUACAAAGCCUGGACUAAAAAGACUUGCGGACGAUCAGAGUGUCCAAAGACCGGAUCCCAAAAAAUCUACGUCUCCUUCCGAAUCCAUCCAAUCCGUAUAUACUAAACCUGGAUAUGAAAAUGACGCCAACGUGCAAUAUGGUGACAAUGACAAAGGCCCCUUUACGGUGUACAUCUCUCGCCAAGAAACAGACCCAACAUCCGGUUAUUCCUUAAAAACUCUUAAAGUGGCUCAACUCCUACACAAACACAAUGUCCCUGGAAUUGUAGAAGGUGGUAUUAAAGAAGUUGGCAGAAACAAAAUCUCUGUCACCUUUGAAAAACCCGAUCAUGCUAACUCCCUCCUCCAAAAUCCUAUCCUGGCAAAUUGUAAUUUAGUAGGCCACAUUCCGCGAUUUCACGUCUUCCGCCUAGGCAUUGUGCGUAAUAUUCCCACUGAAUGGACAUUGGAAGAACUUCUAUCUGGUAUUUCUACCCCCUCCAACUGCGGUGAAGUUAUCAAAGCAAGGCGGCUUAAUUUUAAGUCAAGAAGAGAGGACUCCACUACAUGGGUUCCCUCUAACACAGUUGUGCUCACUUUUACUGGCCAAUGCCUUCCGGAAAAGAUCUUCUGUUUUAAUGUAUCCCUCCCAGUCUCAGUGUAUCACCUACCCACAAUCCAAUGUCGAAACUGUUGCAGAUUUGGGCAUAUUGCCAAGCAGUGCAGGUCCAAACCUCGUUGCUUCCGAUGUGCUCAACCCCAUUCUGGAGACUCCUGUAACAUUUCAGAUUCUAUAUCUUCCUGUUUUCUGUGCCACGGUGGUAGACAUGUUGCUACAGAUCCCAAAUGCCCCGAACACUCCAGACAAAAAUCCAUCAAAAUUCUGAUGUCAGAAGAAAAUUUGUCAUAUAUGGAGGCAUCUAAAAGAUUUCCUCAUGUCAGAACUUUGUAUGCAGACAUUGCAGCAUCCCCGACAGCCCCUACCCAGAAUGUGUCUUAUCCUACAGUUAGUUCCUCGCCCCGUCCUGCCUCUACUUCUUACACCAAAACUUUGUUCCUUCCCCCUCGACCUAAACCUGCGUUGACUAAAUCUUAUGAUUUUGCCUCGCAUAACUCUAUUGUACAAACCCCCACAUCUUGUCAAUCCAAUGGCUGUGCUUUUACUUCUCCCUCCGACCCUUGCCCUAUCCCUACUCCUAAUGACAACUUAGUUGAAUUACUCCUCUGCUCUUUAAUUAACAUGUUUUCAAAAUUAUCAGAUUCUCCUUUACCGUCCAAUGUCUCUGUUCUAGCUGAACAACUUAUUGCUCUCCUCGCUAAAAACUCUCAGCAAAUUCAACCCCCAAAUUCUCCAAUGGAACUGUAGAAGUAUCCGCCUCAAAAAAUUUGAAAUUAGUCAACUCAUAGAUCAGUAUCAACCUAUUGUUUUUGCAGUCUCGGAGACGUGGCUUAGUCCAGGUUCCCACUUCAGGGUCCCAGGCUUCUCCUGUCUUCGGGACGACAGAAAUGAUGGUAGGGCAGGUAGUGCCCUCCUGAUACACAGAUCUAUAACUUUUUCUCAGAUUAACAUCCCUCCUCAUAAUUCUGGUUUAAAUAUAGUAGCUGCCAAAUUGUUAAAUUUGUCCAUCGUUUCCGUUUAUAUCCCACACCCUAAUCCAAAUCUUAUUUCUGAACUUCAGUCCAUUCUAUCGUCAAUCCCAAGCCCCUUAAUCAUGUUAGGCGACUUCAAUUGCCACCAUACUAUGUGGGGGUCCCACUACAAUGAUCCUUAUUCAUCAUUUCUGAUAGAUCUGAUGGAUGAUGUUGGCCUCUGUGUCUUGAAUGAUGGUACACCUACACGCAGAGUAUCCCCACUGCAGAAUAUUAGCGUACCUGAUCUUUCUUUAUCAUCCCCCUCACUGGCACCCAACUUAGACUGGUCUGUUCUUCAUCAUACAUAUGGAAGUGACCAUUUCCCCAUUUUGGUCUCUAUUCUUCAAGCUUCUAUCCCAAGCAUACCUUUUAAUCCCCUUCAAAAAUAUCGGACAUCUAAAGCAAAUUGGAACAUGUAUUCCGACAUUAUUAAUAAAGAAAUUUCCUCUCUUCCAGAGGUUACUCCUUAUAAUUUUCUAGCAUUGUAUAAUGACUACGUGUCUAUUCUUUUAAAGGCAGCUGACAAUAGCAUUCCUCUGAAAAACUCAGCCCGAAAGGUAAUUGGUUCACCCCCAUGGUGGGACUCUGAAUGUUCAGAAAGUAUCCGUUUACGUAAUGAAGCUGAGAAAAAAUAUGAAUCCAAUUUUACGAUGGAGAACUUUCUGUCUCUAAGGAGAAUUACAGCCCGCACCCGCAGACUCCUGUUUAAAAAAAAACGUUUAGGGUGGCAGAGAUUCUGUGAAUCUCUCUCCCCACGUUCCCCUCCUGCUCUUAUAUGGAAAAAGAUCAGGGCUUACCGCAUGUCUCUUAGAGAUUCAAACAUAUCCUCUAAUGAUUCAAUACCUUGGUUAGAAAACUUCUUUAAUAAUUUAGCCCCCCCCUUUGUCCCUGAAUUCGGUAACUUCCCCCCCCUUCUUUCCCCUUCUUCUGACAGAUUGAACGAUCCAUUCUCUUUAACGGAGCUAUCAUGUGCUCUAGAUCACCUACGGGAUUCCUCUCCAGGUAUCGAUGGCAUUCCUUAUUCUUUUGUGUGCAAAUCUCCUGGCUUAUCCAAGUCCCUAUUACUUAAAAUCAUUAAUACCAUUUUCAUAACUGGCACUGUUCCCGACUCUUGGUUAAUUCAAAUUAUAAUACCUAUUUUAAAACCUGGUAAAGACCCCCAGGACUAUUCCUCCUACAGACCCAUAGCCCUCUCUAAUGUCCUUGCCAAGAUUAUGGAACUAUUAGUCAAAAACAGGUUGGAGUGGCUUCUUGAAAACCGCAAUAUACUGUCUAAUACCCAAUUUGGAUUCAGAAGAGGUAAAGGUUGCUUGGACAGCUUAAGCAUUCUUACCUCCGAAAUUCGCAUAGCUUUUACAAAAAAUGAAAAUGUAUUAGGUGUCUUUUUGGACAUUUCAUCUGCAUAUGAUAGUGUUUCGCUUCCCUUACUCAGGCAGAAAAUGCUUCAGCUGAGUAUUCCCGAGAGGCUAAUCAAUUUUAUCUGCAGCUUGUUAAUGUCUCGAUCAAUUUCUGUCCGUCAUUGCAACACUCUCCUCCCUUCCCGGUCAGUAUGGAAAGGACUUCCUCAGGGUUCUGUCCUGAGCCCCCUGUUAUAUAAUAUCUACACCUUUGACUUAGACUGUUCCGUAAAUCAAUUUUGCAAAAUUUUACAAUAUGCUGACGAUAUUGCUUUGUACUCCACCUCCCCAUCUAUAAACGUCGCUACUAUUUGUAUAAACACUGCCUUACAUCAUUUAAAUGAAUAUCUUUUGUCCCACAAUCUCUCCCUUUCCAUUACAAAAUGCAGCGCAGUGUUAUUUUCCCGUAAACGAAAUGUGCCUUCAGUUGCAGUUCGUGUAAAUAAUACUCCUAUUAAUCGGUAUGAUUCGGUGAAAUUCUUGGGUGUCACUCUUGAUUCCAAACUUUCCGGAAGACAGCAUUUAGAACAUGUAAUUAAAAAAUGCGAAAAGGGCGUAAACAUUUUAAGAGCACUUACCGGGGUUCGUUGGGGCUCUCAUCCUGCCACUCUGAAACUUCUCUAUGAUGCGGUUAUUCGUAGUCACUUUGAUUACGGUGGUUUCCUUCUUGAUCCCUGUAAUAAAAUCGCUUUAUCCAAAUUAGAUAAGAUUCAAUCUAGAUGUCUCAGACUAAUAACUGGUGCUAUGAGAUGUUCUCCAGUUAAUGCUCUCCAAGUGGAAUGUCUAGAUCCCCCCUUAUACCUUCGUAGACAAUUCCUAUCUGAUAGAUUUUUUUGCGGUGUAGUCCAAAUUAAAUCCCACCCCCUCCUUCGCUUACUAAAGACUCUCUCUCAAACUAUACCAACAGCUAACUAUUGGUCCCACAAAGACCCUCCCUUACUCACUAAUUCUUUUGACAAAUAUACAUCUCACUCUUCCCCAAUAGAACAGAGUGUUCUCUACCCCAUUUAUGAGACCCAGUUUGAUGUUCUUAUUUUCUGCCCUAGGAUUAUUCUAAAUUUUGGAGUCGACAAAGAUAGCCCUGGGGCAAACCUAAAAUUCAAUAGUAUUCUGGAAUCUGACUGGCCACAAUGGAAUACAAUUUAUACUGACGCUUCAAAAUCCUCUCCCGAUAGUACUGUAGGGUCAGCUGUAUGGAUUCCCAAAUUUAAAAUUAUUUUAAGCUUUAAAUGCCCCCCUUCGACCUCUAUUUUUACAGGAGAAGCGAUUGCGCUAUUGGAAGCUAUCUCUUUUGUUGAAUCACACAAACUAAACCAAACUCUAAUAUUUUCCGACUCCUUAAGUUGUCUAACAGAUAUUCUAAAAACGCCUUUCCGAGCCCGUGAUAAUUCUAGCGUCACUCUUAAAAUCAAACAACUCCUAUACAAAUGCCACUGCUCUGACAUUGAAGUUAUCUUAGCGUGGAUUCCUAGCCAUACGGGUAUCAGUGGUAAUGAAACAGUGGACUCAUGUGCAAAGGUCGCCGUCCAUUCUGGUUGCGACACUUAUAAAUUUAGCCUCCCUCGUGAUUUACGCAUCUCUGCUAAAUCAUCUAUGUUAAUUAAUUGGAAUAACACUUGGCAGAGAUCUAACCAAUCUAAGGAGUCGCAACCGUCACCAUCAACCGAUCAUUUGUCAAAUAGAUCUAUACUCCGUCUAUCUCUCUGUUCUUUGCUACUUAAUCUUUUAAUCUUUUAAUCUUCCUUUUUUCGUUUUCAAUUACCUUCAACCUUGACGUUGGCGAAAUCAUCGAAAUUAAACGAUGGGGUCCACUAGCAACUAAAAGAAGAAGAAGAAGAAGAA